UCUCUCUGUCUCUCUGAAACCAACACUCACACACUCCUUUUCCUCUCACUAAAAUAAGCACACGGAUAUGGUUUACCUACAUGUUUAUUUCAACAAUCAAUGUCAACUUUUCACCAUACUUAUUACUUGAAGAAAUACCAUACUUAUUACUUGAAAUUUCUUCUUCCUCCGUUAAUUUGCAAUAUAUAUAUAUAUAUAUAUAUAUAUAUAUAUGAACUUUGUGUUUAGCUCUGUUGAUCUCAUCAUCUUCCUUGAUUGCCUCGCAUUUGAUCUCUCGAAGAUUCAGAGAUUUUCUAGUAUAUUUCAGAUCUAUUGUGCUUUAUCGAUGUGUGAAUAUGUUCAGCUUGAGAUUUUCGAUUUGAUUUCGACGAUAAUCUGUGAAACUACGGAAAUUGUUUUGUGAUUGAGUAACGCCUGAAGUUUUUGAGGUGAUUUUUGUUUAGAUAAAUGGAUUAGGGUUUUGAGGUGAUUUUGGAGGUGGAAAUGGAGGGGCGGAUGAAGAAAUAUCGGCAGGUGAGUCCGGAGAGGACGAAGGUGUGGACGGAGAAGUCGCCGAGGUAUCAGCAGAAUAAGAAGGUUCCAGUGGUUUACUAUCUCUGUAGAAAUCGACAGCUUGAACAUCCUCAUUUCAUAGAAGUUCCACUCUCAUCAUCAGAUGGCCUCUAUUUGAGAGAUGUGAUAGAUAGGCUUAAUGUUCUGAGAGGCAGAGGCAUGGCUUCACUAUAUUCCUGGUCUUGCAAGAGAAGCUACAAGAACGGCUUUGUGUGGCAUGAUCUCUGUGAAGAUGACUUGAUUCUUCCUGCUCAUGGAAAUGAAUAUGUUCUCAAAGGCUCCGAGCUCUUUGAUGAACCUGUUUCUGGUAGUUUUAGUCCUGCUGGAAAUUUAAGAUUGCAGAAGUCAAAACAAUUAACGGAACCAGCAUCUUCGAGAAGCCAAGACGAUUCUUCAUCUUCCUUGAGCAUGAAUGAAAGUGAGAGAAAGAACUCUCAGGAUGAUGAGCUCUCUUCUCCGGUUCAACGUCUAGGUUCAUCAGGUGUAUCGCCAGAGGCUAGAGUUGGGAAAGAUUCCUCCUGGGGUGGUUCUCUGAGCUUGACAGAGUACAAGGUCUACAGGAGCGAUGGUCUUGCUGAUGCUUCCACUCAAACCGAUGAAAAUGUAAACAGAGCUAAUAAAGCUCGUGAGACUUGUACAAGGGGUGUUUCAACUGAUGAUGGGUCAUUAGAACCACAAAGGAAUGAGGCUUGUCAAAGCCAGGAUCCACAUGUGAAAAGUACUUCAGGAAUAAGCGGGAAUUCAAUUUCCCCACCUCCAUCUUUGUCCAGUGCAUCUUCGUCAGGUGGGAAGACCGAGACUUUGGAGUCUCUGAUCAGAGCUGAUGCUAGUAAGAUCAACAGCUUUAGGAUACUUGAAGAGGAGAAAUUUGGAAUGCCGUCUAAUACAAAGCUCAAGGCUUCAAAUAUGCUGAUGCAACUGAUCUCCUGUGGAUCAAUUUCAGUGAAAGAUCACAACUUUGGCCUCAUUCCAACUUAUAGGCCAGGGUUUUCACAUUCAAAAUUUCCAUCCCCAUUGUUCUCAACAUCGAUGAUGUUUGGGGAGCUUGAUUGCCUGGCAGAGAAUCCGAGGCUCAUGGGUCUCAAGUUGGAAGAUAAGGAAUAUUUCAGUGGGAGCUUGGUUGAGACAAGUAUGCUCAAGGCUGGAGAUGGGUUUACUGCUUUAAAACGAUCUUCUUCCUACAAUGCUGACAGGAUUUCUAAGCAUUUGGAAUCAGUUGCAGAUGAGGAGGCGGCAACGUCAACACGUUCAAAGUGCAUCCCUCGGUCACUGAGGGCUUCACUGAGUAAGCAGCCAAGAAGUGAAUCAAUGAGAUAUCCUGUUCCCGAAAGACCUAGAAUCUCCUCUGAUGGAUUUGAAAGCUCAUUAAUCAGAUCCCCUGCCACAUCCAAUGGGAGCAGUAAAAGAAUCACAGACCCUUCAUCGGGGAAGAAACACUCAAAGAGACUAGAUACCUCCAAAGAAGAGAAUGAAAAUGUGAUCAAGAUCGAAGAAAGUUAAGUUUUGACUCCCUCCCAUUCACAACAGAAAAUAAUCAACUCACACCAUGCCUCCAUUUUUCUUUGUCCAUCGUUGAUUGGGAUUUUGUUUUAUUUCCUUCCAGCAGGCUUGCUUCUGGAGCUCGGGUUAUAAUCCAAUCCAUAGGACCUUGUGACACUGAUGGUAACUCUUGCGGAACAUUUUAGAGUGUGAGCAAUGCUGCUAGUUCAUUUUUUUUAGACUAGGCCUUUUGAUUUUUGAUUGUAAGUUUGAAUUCUAAAGAUGUCAAUUAGUUGGCGGGUUUUGGUAGAUGGUUUUGUAAAUCUGAGAACAUCGGAGGAAAACAAAUGCAAAUCAUGUCUCAUCUGCAAAAAAAAGGAUGAAGGUUCAGGUGUUUCCCAGUUAAAAAACCAAUGAAUUUUCUGCUCUUUUGGUCA